AUGCUGCGGUCCCCCCUUUUUGGGCUCCGCCGCUCCAGCACUCUCCGCGCGGGCGGACGCCGCGUGCGUCCGCGUUCCGCCGCGCUCCGCAUGGAUGCGCUCCCGAGCCCAAGAGAGGCUCCAGAAGAACCGGAGCUUGACAAGCCCGAGCUGGACAAGGAGGAGUGGAUCUCGGGGCUGGUGGCGUUAGAUCGCGAGGCCGCGGCGCUGGCGGAGGAGCUGGCCACGUGGCACAGCGGCUGGGCACGGGGCGAGCGGUGCGCCGCCGAGCUCGCCGCCUGCGCGGACGAAGGUGGCGAGGAGUCCCGGAGGUGGACCGAGACACUUUGGAUGGGACUCAGCGAGAUCCGCUGCCAGGUGAGGAGCUUCGAUCGCUGGAGCUCCAAGGCGCUCGAGCUCCGGAUCGAUGCCUACAAGGCGCGGCAGAGCGAGCACUUCGAGACCUUGGCCGACGCGCAGGAGUCCUUGGAGGUGGCCAUCCAGAAGCUCGAGUGCCUUCAGUGCUUUGAGCCUCGAGGCUUCGAACCGCUGGAACCGCUGGAGCCGCUUCCCUCGGCGCCGAACAACGGUGUCCAGCACUCGGUCCGCAAAGCGCCGGUGAAGGAAGAUGCGGAGCUUCAGGAGCUGAAGGCGGAGCUGCUGAAGCUCGAUGAGGCUCCGGGCGGCACCGGUGGCUGGCGUGCUUCACGGCACGAGGCCUUCCUCCGUAUCCUGCGCAUCUUUCGCAUGCAGUUGACGCCGGAAUGCUACACCCGCUUGGAGCAGCAGUUUCCGGAUGUGAGUCAGGUGGAUCUGGCCGAGCACUUGCGCUUCUGCCACGCUCAAGACGCGCGUCAGGCGCGGCGGCGCGUGCUGUUGGCACGCUGGCGGCAGCGAAAGCUGCUGCUGGAGAAGCAGGAACCCAAAGAGGUCAAGGCGCAAGCGCGCCCAGCAUCCUUCCGCGCUCGUGAGCAGAGACGCAAGGUGAAGCAGUGGCGAGCAGCCAAGGCCAAAGAGGAGAUGCUGCGAAGUGCUGAGGAGAAGCAACGACAAGAAGCCACAAAGGCGUGCUUGGAGGCGCAGCGGAAGAGGCGCGAGAAGAAGUCGAAGGAAUCCGCCGAGGCCUAUCGGAAACAACGCGACGAAGAGAAGCGGCAAGCCCAGAUGAUGGCCGAGCUGCGUGCCGUGCGACCCGCGCAGCAGCUCUCCGAGGGAGACAAGCAGCGGAUCGUCCAGCGCAACCUCGACAUGCUGAUGCGGAAGCUCCAGGCCAUUCCGAAGCUGCGCCCAGAGUCAGCGCCGUUGAGGAGUCGGGCCUAUGACCAUGUGGAGAGCAGGCUCUAUGACACGACAGAAAGCUUUGUACAGAAAACCGGUGUAUCAUAG